CGCGGACAUGCCCGGGCGGCCCCGGGGACACCCGCGAUAAUCCUCGCUGUCGGCGGCGCUGGGCGGGGAGCGGCGGGCGAGCUGCCCCCUCCUCCUUCUCCCCCCCCUCUCUCCUCCCCAUGGAGGGGCCGUACGCGCUGGGGGUGAGCGUGUUCUCGGACCAGGGCGGCAGGAAAUACAUGGAGGACGUGACCCACAUCGUGGUGGAGCCCGAGCCGCCGCCAGGCCCGCACAAAGGCGGAGCGGCGCCCGCAGGCCCCGGCGCCGCCGAGCCCCCGGCCGAGGGCGGGCGGCGCCGGGGGGGGACCCCGCGGGCGGCCGAGGACGGGGCGCAGCCCCCCGGCAGCGGCCCCGGGCGGCGGCCCCGCCGCUCCGUCGCCUUCUUCGCCGUGUGCGACGGGCACGGCGGGCGGGAGGCGGCCCAGUUCGCCCGGGAGAACCUGUGGGGCUUCAUCAAGAAGCAGAAGGGCUUCGGCUCGGCCGAGCCGGCCGAGGUGUGCGCGGCCCUGCGCAAGGGCUUCAUCGCCUGCCACCGCGCCAUGUGGAAAAAGCUGCCAGAGUGGCCCAAGACCAUGACGGGGCUGCCCAGCACGUCGGGCACGACGGCGAGCGUGGUGAUCAUCAGAGGCUCCAAGAUGUACGUGGCGCACGUGGGAGACUCGGGGGUGGUGCUGGGGGUCCAGGAUGACCCCAAGGACGACUUUGUGAGAGCUGUGGAGGUCACACAGGACCACAAGCCGGAGCUGCCCAAGGAGAGGGAGAGAAUCGAAGGCCUGGGGGGCAGCGUGAUCAACAAGUCCGGGGUGAACCGCGUGGUGUGGAAGAGGCCCCGGCUGAGCCACAACGGCCCCGUGCGCCGCAGCACCGUCAUCGACCAGAUCCCCUUCCUGGCCGUGGCCAGAGCGCUGGGUGACCUCUGGAGCUACGACUUCUACAGCGGGGAGUUCGUGGUGUCCCCCGAGCCCGACACGAGCGUUCACACCAUCGACCCCCAGAAGCACAGAUACAUCAUCCUGGGCUCUGACGGGCUCUGGAACAUGAUCCCCCCCCAGGAUGCCAUCUCCAUGUGCCAGGAUCACGAGGAGAAGAAGUACUUCAUGGGAGAGCACCGGCAGUCGUGUGCCAAGAUGCUGGUGAGCCGCGCCCUGGGCCGCUGGAGGCAGCGGAUGCUGCGGGCGGACAACACGAGCGCCAUCGUCAUCUGCAUCUCCCCCCUGCGGGACGGGCCCAGCCCCUGGGAGCAGGAGGAGGAGCUGUACCUCAACCUGGCCGAGGGGCCCUCCUACAGCAGCCCUGACCUCAGCAGCACCAGCCCCUCCCGCUGCUGCACCCCCCCUGUCAAGCUGUCGGAAGACGAGCCGUGGCCGCGACUGAGCGCCGAGCCGGUCCCUGCCCUGCUGCACAGCUCGGGGCUCCCAGACAAGCACCCGGAGCUGCCACCCGAGAUCGCCAAGAGCAGCAGCGUCCCCGCCUCGGGAGGAGCCCCGAGGGACGCGGACCCGCAGGAGGAGAAGUGCAGCAAAGCGCUGGCCCUGCGGAUCCAGGAAUCCUACCAGGCCGUGGGCCUGGCCCCUUCCCACUCCGCCAACUCAGGCACGGACCAAAAAGGCUUCAAGGUGUCCCCCGCCGGCCCCGCCAAAGCGCAGGAGGCGGAGAAAACGCCCGCGGCAAACUUUAAAAGGACCUUGGAGGAGUCCAACUCGGGCCCGGCGCUGAAGAAGCCGCGGCGGGGGCUGGGCCGGGCGCUGGGCCCGCAGGGGGACGGCCCGGCCCGCAGGACCCCCGCCAAGCUGGCCAUGAGGCGCAGCCUGCGCGGGCAGAAGAAGCUCAGCCCGGGGCUCUUCCAGCCGCCCAGGAAAGCCGUGUGCGUGUGCUGA